GGAGUGGCUGGCCACUGCCGGCCCGGGCCCGCUCGCCUCGUUCGUCGAGCCGUUGCUGCAUGCUGGGCACGGCACGCGGCGGCUCCACGUGCCUCUGCGACGUGGCCUCCGCGGACGGGCCAGAUGCUCCCCAUCCGGCCGCACAGGCGCUCGCAGACGCCGGUGAGGGGUACCACCUGUCCGACCUCCUUGCGCCGCCUCACCGGGGAAGGAUAUUUAAAGGGGAAGCAAGGGCCCCGCCGUACUCUCGCUUGGCACCGCUCCCCGCCUCCUCUUGGCCGGCCUCGCUCGCUAGCUCCUCCACCACCGGAUUCGAACGAGAUCUCGUGCGCCCCAUCCCAUGCCUGCUACUGAUCGAGCCGACGGCGGGCAGCUCAGGCAAUGUCGGCGGGUCGGCAGCGCCGACGUCGAGCUCCACGCCGCCAUGGCGCUCGCCGACAUGGCCGGGGUCGAGCACCACGCGCUCCCCACUCAGCACCACGCCGCCGCCGCCGCCCUACCCCAGGCGGCGACGGAGCACGAGGAGGACGAGGAGAUGGCCAGCACGAGGCUGAGCCUGGAGCUGGGCAACGUCGGCCUCCAGUCCUCCCCUUGCUCCAGCAGCUCCAGCGGCGCCGGCCAGCAGCACCAGCCGAUGCACGCGGCGGCGGCCGCCGCGGCCGUGACGGGGUACGGUACCAGCAGGCCGCGGAACGUGCUCACCGAGGCCGAGAAGGAGGCGAAGCGGCUGCGGCGCGUGCUCGCCAACCGGGAAUCCGCACGGCAAACCAUCCUCCGCCGCCAGGCGAUCCGUGACGAGCUGGCGAGAAAGGUCGCGGAUUUAGCGUCACAGAACGAGAACAUGAAGAAGGAGAAGGACAUGGUUCUGGAGCAGUACAUCUCCCUCAAAGAAACCAACAAGCAGCUGAAACAACAGGUGGCCAAGACGUCCAAGAAGAAGCCGUCCUCGACGCCGGCGACCACGCCCAUGGACAUCGCGCCGCCGGCCCAGCAAGCGGAAGCCUCCCCGCCGUCCACGCCACCGCAGCCAAGCUUCAUGUACAGCGCGCCGCCGCCGGCCAUGCCGGUGCCCUACGUCUGGGGCUCGUGGCCGCCGUGCGGGCCGGGGGCGUACGACCACGUCGGCAACAGCGCGGCGGGACACGCCCCGCCGCCGCUAUGCAUCCCGCCGCCAUGCGCGUGGUACUACCCCGUCGUCGCCGCCGCCGACCCCCGCGGGUCGCCGACCUCCUACGUGCAGCCGCUCCAGGAAACGGCCGGCAGCCCGGGCGGCGGCGGAACCACGGGCGGGGAGGGCACCGACGAGGACGAAGACCCGUGCUCGCUGACCCUUGCCAUCGACGCUGCCGACAAGAAGAGCGCCGCCGCCGGAGCGAGCGCUCACCAGAGCAGCGGCGGCGUGGUGGGAGCAGCUGUGGGCUUGCAGGUCGCGCUGAGCGGCAGGGAGAAGGCGGCCACGGCGGCGGAGGCCAGGAGGAGGAGGAAGGAGCUGACAAGGCUCAAGCACAUGCACGCCGGCAGCCGCCAUGGCGCUGCCGAUCACUGGUAAUUACGCUGCCGGUCUAUGAUCCUAGCGGAUUACCAAGGGGACGCAUGCAUGCAUGGCACUACUGCCGCUGAGUCACUGACAUGGCAUUGGUGAUGAACUGAUGAUGACGAUUGGUUUCUUGGAGGCAAGCAACAACAAUACUGAUAUUAGUAUAGUACAGUUUCUACCAUUUUUCUACUAAUAAUGUCUUCAGUAUUUCUAUCUCCAUCGUGUGUCUAGGAAGGUAGGUUUACAUUUCAAUUAUGCCCUAAGGCACUGAAGAAAUGUUUUCCGUUUUCUCAUUCUUUGGUGCAAUCUGUAACCGCCAAAAAUAGUGGUCCGAUGAUGUAUAGCACCGGAGUUGUGCGCAAUGUAACGAUUCUUUAUGUACUAGUCAGUCGCAAUUUUUACCAGCUCCAACAGUGAAUCAACUGAAACGAAUGUUUAUUCAUC